AUGGAGUGGUCAACGCUGCCUCCCAAGUCGCUUUCACCGGAUUCGGCAAAUAUUCUGGGCUCUAUUGCCAUGCAACCAUCUUCGACAACGUCGUCCGUUGUUGAUUCGGCAUCUAUAACCAAUAAUUCAAUUUCGGCGACAAGUAUUUCCACAACUCCAGAACGAACUUCCGCCGCUGCAGAGGAAGACUCUGAAAAGGAAAAGAAUGAGGGCGUGAAAUUAGUAGAAGAGGAAAUAGAAGAUGUCACGGGAAAAGAGAAUAGGUACGAAACAGUUGAAGAGGGAGAAGGAGCCCAAAAGGGAGAGGGAAUGGAAAAUCUGAGCGAAAAUGAAGAUGAGAAGGACCAAACGCGCAACACGCGUAAAUUACGAGAUCGCGCCCGACAGUCUCCGACAACCCCUUCCAACACAAAAACCACAAAGAAGGUUAAGGAGAUCAAAACUAUAACAAGACAGCUUAGAUCAACGGCGAAAAAACCCUCUUCAGCUUCAGCCAAAAAAUUCGCAGACAAAACGCGUCGCCAGAGCAAGCGCCUAAGCAUAAUUGCUACUAGUAAGCUUUUGGAGACAACGACACCUUCAGCCCCGCGCGGCAAAAGGUCUCACGAUGUUAUGGCCGCUGGAUCGAAGAGCGCCAACGCGAAGCUUCAAGGAAAUGGCUCUCAUUAUGCUGCUGAUGGAUCUCUAUUGAGAGCUAGCAAAAGGUCGAAAAAAAAUCUCUCGUACAACGAGGACACUGACGAUGAGAGCUCCAUUGCACGUGAAACAUCAGAAGAACUACCAGCGAAUUCGCAAGCGAAAAAGCCGCAGAAGAAGAAGAAGGUUUGGUUAAACCAGGGGCUUUAUUUAGGGCAGGGACAGGAUUUGGAUGUCCGAAAGCGGCCUGGAGGCAAAGCAAAGAAACGGGGCAAGUCUAGUGCGGAUCGACAAGCCGUACUACCAUUGCCUAUGUUCACGGGGUCGGUGAUCAUGGAUACCGUUCGGGACUUCAAACUGCCGUUCAACAUUUUUGCGCCGAGUCCCUGGAAAUGCGGGCCAAUUCACAAUUGGAAAAAGCUCAAUCAUAAUGUUUUGAUUGGAGAAGCUUCCCAGUUAUGGAAAAGAGAAAAAGCAUCUAUGGCGAUGUGCGUCUGUGAAGAAGAGAAAGGCUGUGAUGAAGAUUGCCUUAACCGCUGUACCUGGGUGGAAUGCGACGAAGGAAAUUGUAAUGUGCCCAAUAACUGUAGUAAUAGGGCCUUUGCGGACCUGAAAGAGCGAGUAAAACAGGGGACAAAAUUCGCCGAGGGUGUAGAGACCAGGAACUGUGGGCAUGGCCUCCGAGCUACGAGAAGCUUUGCGCCCAGGCAGAUUGUCGUUGAGUAUACUGGCGAGAUUAUCACGCAGGAAGAGAGUGAAAGGAGGAUGAUUGAGGAUUAUAAGGAUAACAAUAACUACUAUCUCAUGCUCUUCCAUCAGAAUAUGAUUCUGGAUGCUACUAGGGGAUCAGUGGCACGUUUCGUUAAUCAUUCUUGCAAUCCCAACUGCCGAAUGGAAAAGUGGCUCGUUGAUGGAAAACCUAGAAUGGCUCUGUUUGCUGGAGAUUAUGGAAUCGAAGCUGGAGAUGAGCUCACAUAUGACUAUAACUUCAAUUGGUUUACGGGUGUCAGUCAGCAAGCUUGCCACUGUGGAGCUGAAAACUGCCGCGGUGCUUUAGGGAAGCGGGCUGAUGGGCUCCAGAAAAAGCCCGAACCCCCAGCUAAGGGCAAGAAUGGAAAAGGCAAGAAAAAGGGAAUAAAUGGCAAGGGUGGAAUCGUUGCCGAAGUCAAAAAACCCACAAGAGGAAGGCCAAAGAAAGUUGUAGCCCAUGUUCAAAAGUCGGUUAUUAUCACCCCUAAGAGGAAGUACACCAAGCGGAAGGUUGUAGCAGCACCUGUGAUAUCGCCUUCCCCUGCACCGGAAGAUGAUGAUUCCCUGGAUUCCUCCUUAGAUUCCGACGACGACUCAGAUCACCCGACUGAGGCGUCACCUGCUACAUUAAAAAAAUCUUCGCUCUCAGAAGCUGCUCGGCGUCGGCGCAAUUACAACAAAGCUGGUAGGCCUCGUGUCACAAAGACCUAUAAAGUCAAUAAGACAAUACGUGGCGGGAAAGGCAAGAUUAUUCAUAAAUCAGUCACCAGCAAAAAAGCAGUUUCGGCGCUCAAGAAGAAAGCGUUUGAAACUGUACUUACCACAACAUCUACCACCACUACAGUUAAAACGAAAACUUCAGGUCCAUUAUCCUCAGCUUCUUCAGUCACCAGCGCUUCUACAGGAACAGUCAUGACUAGAGCUACGAGAAGGAGUCUGGGGGUUACAAGAGCUGUGGACGAUAAAGUGGCACAUCAGUUACUUGAACAAGCCAUCAAUACUGUUCUAUCCUCGGCCUCAGUUGGUGUCGAGGAAAUUCCCGAGGGAGUCAUUGGGACUGUUGCCCCGGCCUUGAGUGCCGUCCAGGUCGCAGGUUAA